UGUCGGCGGGGACGCACCCACUCAGUAGCUGUGUCGCCGGCUGCCCCGGGGCCUGGAUAGUGAGGCUGCGCCGGUCCGACUGCCGGCUGGAGGACUGCAGGUGUACUCGGUCACCAUGAAGCCCCUGCACCCAGCCCUCCCUGGCUGCCUCCUCUUGGUGCUGUUUGGCAUAUGGCGGACUGUCCCCCAGACUCACGCCUCAUCCGCUGCCAUGCCAGCCCUCAGCGCCACCUCUUUCCUGGAAAAUCUCCUGAACCGCUAUGGGGAGAAUGACAGCCUUACCCUGCCACAGCUGAAGGCCCUGCUCAACCACCUGGAUGUGGGAGUAGGCCGGGAUAAUGGUACGCACCCCAGGGAAGGACACAGGAACCUCUCCACGUGCUUUAGCUCUGGAGACCUCUUUGCUGCCCACAAUUUCAGUGAGCGGUCUCAGAUCGGAAUGAGUGAGUUUCGGGAGUUCUGCCCCACCAUUCUCCAGCAGUUGGAUUCCAGGGCUUGCACCUCAGAAAACCAGGAGAAUGAGGAAAACGAGCAGACAGAGGAGGGGAAGCCUAGCGCCAUUGAAGUAUGGGGGUACGGUCUCCUCUGCGUUACCGUCAUCUCCCUCUGCUCCCUCAUGGGGGCCAGCGUGGUGCCCUUCAUGAAGAAGACUUUUUACAAGAGGCUGCUGCUCUACUUCAUAGCCUUGGCGAUUGGAACCCUCUACUCCAACGCCCUCUUCCAGCUCAUCCCCGAGGCUUUUGGUUUCAACCCUCAAGACAACUAUGUCUCCAAGUCUGCGGUGGUGUUUGGGGGCUUCUACCUUUUCUUUUUUACAGAGAAGAUCCUGAAGAUGCUCCUGAAGCAGAAAAAUGAGCACCAUCAUGGGCAUAACCAUUUUGCCUCUGAGACUCUUCCUUCCAAGAAGGACCAGGAGGAGGGUGUGACGGAGAAGCUCCAGAAUGGGGACCUGGAUCACAUGAUUCCCCAGCACUGCAACAGUGACCUGGAUGGCAAGGCACCUGGCGCGGACGAGAAGGUCAUCGUAGGCUCGAUGUCUGUGCAGGACCUGCAGGCAUCCCAGAGUGCUUGCUACUGGCUCAAAGGGGUCCGAUACUCUGACAUUGGUACCCUGGCCUGGAUGAUCACCCUGAGCGACGGUCUCCACAAUUUCAUCGAUGGCCUGGCUAUUGGUGCCUCCUUCACUGUGUCUGUUUUCCAAGGCAUCAGCACGUCAGUGGCCAUUCUCUGUGAGGAAUUCCCACACGAGCUGGGAGACUUUGUUAUCCUGCUCAAUGCUGGUAUGAGCAUCCAGCAGGCUCUCUUCUUCAACUUCCUUUCUGCUUGCUGCUGCUAUGUGGGGCUGGCCUUUGGCAUCCUGGCUGGAAGUCAUUUCUCUGCCAACUGGAUUUUUGCACUGGCUGGAGGAAUGUUCUUGUAUAUUGCUCUAGCUGAUAUGUUCCCUGAGAUGAACGAGGUCUGUCAAGAGGAUGAGAGGAAGGACAGCUUCCUGGUCCCCUUUGUCAUCCAGAAUCUUGGCCUCCUGACCGGCUUCUCCAUCAUGCUGGUCCUCACAAUGUACUCAGGGCAGAUUCAGAUUGGGUAGGACCCCGCCCCCGGGGAGCCAGUGGCAUUUUGCAUCAGACUCUGGGCCUUACGUCCCCGGCCUGAGGACUCGGCAUCCAUGAAGCAUCAUGGAAGAGGCAGUUCUUUACACACUGGCACAGACUGCCUGCCUGCAUUCAGAUGUCAGCUGUUUCAAAAUAUCCUGUCCCAGGAAGAACCUGCCCCGGGAAUCUCUAGGUAGUGCCUCAAACCGUCUCCCCGACCCUUUCCACGGAUGAUUCUGGAACUGAAAUGCCUCAUGUAGGACACACCUCCCUUUUCCUUCUGGUCACCCCCGUCUAUCUCUUUCUCUCGGAGGAAGCACCGAGAGAUGUUGAAUCUUUUACAAUGUAAAGAUGAAGCCAAUGGUCAUGGUUUAGUUAGAAAUAUCAGGGUGGUUUCUAGCUUUGGGGGCCUGUGAUUCUGCAUGUGUGUACCCUGGACCUCAGGUCAGUCCAUCUUGACAUGGGUUCUCAGUUUUUUACAGAGAAAGGACAGAAGAUAAGAAUCCUGGUUUGUUUGUUUGUUUUUUUCAGUCUGUUCAGUUAACUGUUCUCUGAAAGAGACUGGCAUUCUGAGCAGAUGAGGCAGGGGAUCACCUCGAGUGACAAGGAGGUAGAACUAGUGGUGGAUGGCCUGUCUCCUUGGUGCUCUCUGGUCCCCACUAGGAUGCUGGAUGCUGGUUGUGUGCAGCAUCUGCGUCACACAGGCAGCCAGGUGAGCCACUGUGGACAGUCUUCGGAGUGGCAAGAGGUCUGCACUAAAUCAAUUCAUUUGCCCUGAUUUUCACACACACACCCUCUUGGCUUCCUUUUCUAGAUACUUUUUAGAUGCCUCACUAGGAGCACAUUUAAGAUGUUUGCAGGGGAAAUUGCACAAAUUAAUCUCCCCUGGUCUAGCCUUCUGCCUAGGUGAACCUGACGCAGAAUCGGCACACAGUUGUUUAUGCCUUAUUGUGACAAAGGUAAUCAGAAAUGGGGUCAGUGCUGGCCAGACUUAGGACUUGUUAAUUGCAGAAAUAAUAGUUGAAUACCAAGGAACUCUGGACCUUGAGGUCAGACCUUGAGGUCAGGGCUGCGGACGUCACUGCUGCCAGUGAGUUUUAAAAGGCAACACUGUCUAGCUACCACCUCCUCCCUGGCCCCAGGCAACAGGAUUGAAGCCUGAAUUGAGCUGAGUAUAAAGCGCUUUCUUUGGCUCCGGAAAAAUGGAUGGUUAUGUUUGACAUUUCACACCGCAGGCCGGCCUCAGACACUGUGGAGCCCUCUCCUCAGAACUCUGGCUUCCAGGGGAGCUAAUCUCCAGGUUCACUAAGUGAAUUCAUAUAUUAUUAUCAUAUUGAUAACGCAGAUUCCUUAGCCACUUUGGGGAGCCAGUCUCUCCCGGAGCCUUU